AGUGUUUUAUUUACGACGUUACUUCUUGGAUCAAGCCAAGCACCCCAAAACGGCCAAAGGCAGAGAGCUCUUUUGGACCUUGACUUUGUGUGUUGCUGUGCAAACGCCGUUUACAGAGCAGGCCAUGUGAGUACCGGUACAUGUGUGUCCGAUUCCUUGGCUCUCGAGCAUCUCGCCCACACCCUUGGCCUUUACUUCGAAAAGACAAUUGUGGAUCUACGACUACGGUAGUGCACUUAUGUCUUUCGAAGGUAGCUACGACAGCUGGUUUGGAGAAGUCGCUUUUGCUGCACUGAUAAUUAUUCAACUGCAAAAUCAAUGUACUCUUGUUAUUGAUUAUGUUUACUACUGUACUAAAUAAAUGGUAGCAGUUAGUAACAUUCAGAAUAUCCUCACUCAUCACGUCUCGACUUGGGGAAAGCAACAUCGAGAGGUGUGUGAAGCUCUGAAGGUAGUUUUCGGAUACGGUGACGACUGAGGAUUUCCGCCUCCUGUCCACCCUCUGAAUUCGGAUUUUGAACCAUGGAGAUUGAAAAUGACGAGACCUGUGCGGUGAAUUCUGGGAGUCAAAGUGAUGCUGAGCCGAAUGUUCCAGGUGAUGAGGAACCAACUGUCGACAUCUCAAACGACGAAACGCCGAAUGUCCCAGCAGGUGGUGAGCCAAGUAUGCAUGUUGAUGUUGAGCAGAGUAAACCAGAUGACCCCAAACCUAACGUUCAGCCACACGUUCAGCCACCAGAACCACGAAACCAGCUUCUACAGGCAGCUGAAAGUGUGGCUGAAGAGGCCAGCGAGCUAAUGCUGACAGAUGUUGUCUUCACGUCGCGUAAAUCUAUGGACGUCCAAUCCAAUGGUGCAGAUCCAUUGCAACAGUCCAACAGCCAAGACAGUGAUGCUACACGUGGACCAUCCCCAAAUAAAUCACUCUCAACUCAGAACAGCACUGACUCGGGCAAGAAAACUGCUGGUACCCUCUCCAAUUUGCUUGGCAGGUUGCGAGGAGCGCCUGUUGCCACAAAGUCUGCUGGCUCUCCAUCAUCGACUACUGGCCUCAUUUUUGAGAACCGUCCUUCAAACCUCCCAGCGAAAUCUGAAGCUGAAGAAAAAAAGCAUCGAAGGCAGUAUGAGGCAAUGCUGGCGGCAGCUGGACAAAAAAAAAAGAAGGAGGAGGGACAGAUGGUGCGUGAGGCCAACGAUCGCAUCAAGCGAGAGGAGGAAGAGUCGUCUCGUCUCUCGUACUGGCUGAAGGAUGUCUUACCUCAUUGGGAAACAAUGCAUGGUGUACGCAAGACAAAGGACCUUUGGUGGUGUGGCCUACCAACAAGAGUUCGGGGCCAGGUCUGGAAGCGUGCACUUGGAAAUGACCUUCAAAUCACACAUGAUCUGUUUGAGAUAUCUCGUGCACGUGCUACAGAAAUGAUUAAACUCGGCGUGAAGACGAAGUCGGACGACAAGGAGACAUCAAGUUCCACAAACUCUGGAGAAUCCGGAUCAGCUUACUUGGUGUCGGCGAAAAGCCGGGAAGCCAGCGUCCAGCUGAUUCAUUUGGAUGUGCGGCGGACUUUUCCACUGCUGGGGAUAUUUCAGGAGGGUGGUCCGCUUCACAAAGACCUACACGAUGUGCUGUGUGCCUACUCGUGUUAUCGGCCAGACAUGGGAUACGUGCAAGGUAUGUCCUUCCUGGCAGCCGUCUUCAUCCUGAAUAUGGAGCCGUCAGAUGCGUUUGUGUGCCUAGCCAACCUACUCUGCAAACCCAUUCACAUGGCCCUGUUUCGCAUGGACGCAACGCAGAUCUCUCUGUACUUCAACACUUUUGCCAUACUACUUGAUGAGACAUUACCCAAGCUGGCGUCCCACUUCAAGACCCAGGGUGUUGAGCCAGCCACGUUCUUGGUGGAAUGGUUCUUUACAUCGUUUAGCAAGUCUCUGCCGCUGGACGUUGCGUCUCGAGUGUGGGAUGUGUACUUUCGCGAUGGUGACGAGUUUCUGUACAAAACUGGUCUCGGUAUUCUUCAUUUGUACCAGCCGCGCAUGCUGGAGAUGGAGUUCAGUGACCUGGCGCAGUUUUUCACACAUCUUCCGGAUGAUAUUAACGUUGACGAGCUCUUCCAGAGUAUCGCGGCCAUCAACCUGCCAAGUAAACGCUACCAGCAGGUGCUGGUGCAGCAGAAAGACAAAGCCACCGCUUCAUGCUGAUAGCUCCCCGUACCAUGUACGGAGUAAGUUAUUUUUUUAUUCCCGUCUUGUAAUAUCAUCCCUGGACUAGCGCGUCAUGUUGCGACGGCCUCGGCCAUUCCCAGCACAUUCCCUCCCCGGGCAUGGGAUCAUACCGUAGCCAUCUUCUCCCCGUGAUGUUCUCAUUGGUUUUACUCCACACUGAUUCCUCCUGGCCUGGAUGUCGGUGGAUUAGUGCUAGGAAUGUACUGCCCUGUUUAGUGCCAAGACAGUAGUAGUGCUUUGCGCCACCACCCGGUGCCUUUCCUAGACAGCUGCAGGUGGGUGUUCGUCCUUGUGCAUUACCUGUGGAUCUUCAAACUCCCUUUUAUCAAUACGCAUUCUGGACAUGCGUGAAGUAUGGUUUUAUAAUAUUAUAGUUUUUGUCGUAUUUUGUUUUUAUGCAUGUAGCAUUGUAUUUUAUCUCACUUCACCCUGAAUUCUGCCCCUGAUGGGGACUUCUUUCCACUCCCCAAUCGUCCAGGCAACGUCGUUUCAUGUGUUUCUUUGUCCUGGAAUUUAGCAGAGGGAGCUGAACUGUCCUCUAUUCUGCUUUCAUGUAGCUACUGUGAAAAGGGACGGCUGAGCCCAUCCACAUCACACUUCUUACCCUCCCCAUAUUAGGCUGAAUGUUGCCAAAGUUGACAAUUCCUGUGUUCGUGAGACACGUUCUGAUUCGGUUGCGCUCAGUUUACUAAUAUUAUUCUUGAAUAUGAUCAUCAUUUCUACCAGAGCAACCCCCACUGCUGCUGCCGCCACUGUUGCUGUAUGUGCAAUUACUGCACAUGAUGUAGUUAAACAUAAACACACACAUACACACACACACACGCACAUGCACAUACAAGCACGCUAUUUUGUACUGAGGACCGCUGGAUGGCUUCUUGGUUAGUGCUCGGCCGACUUUGGCAAUUAUUUUCUUUUUGAGCACGAGUUUAACGCUAUCAUGUUGGACAUUUUCUACUGAGUGCCACUGACUCAGAGUCGUA